AAUCACUCGCUGUGCGACGCGACGCGAUGUUCUCGCGGCCUCUAGUCUAGCACCACCGACGACGACGGCGACCCACCGACGGCGAGCCGAUCCACGCCGCCGCCACUCCGUUUACCUCCCUGCAGAGCCAGAGCGUGCGUGAUCUGGCGCCCUCUCCGGCUCCUCCUCUUCUUCUUCCAUGGGGUUGGGAGGCGUGAGAGGGGGCACCGGGGGAGGGGGCGGCACCGGGUCGGGCGAGCGGUGGCGGUGGAUCCUCUUCCUCUCGCUCGUCUCCGUAUCCUUCCUCUUCUCCUUCCUCUUCCUCGUCAUCUCCGCCUACUCCUCCCCGGCCCGCCUCCGCCUCCCGGGGCUCACCACGGCCCGCGCCGCCGCCGGCGCCGGCAUCCGCCGCGGCCCCGACGCGCUGCCCUGCCUCGCCUACCUCCUCAUCGGCGCCAAGGGCGACGGGCCCCGCCUCCUCCGGCUCCUCCUGGCCGUCUACCACCCCCGCAACCGCUACGUGCUCCACCUCUCCGCCGACGCCUCCCGCGACGAGCGCCGGGACCUCGCUGCCGGUGUCGCCGCCGCCGCGCCCGCCGCCGUCGCCUUCGACAACGUCGCUGUCGUGGGCACGCCCACCGCGGGGACGCCUGUCGGGUCGUCUGGCCUGGCAGGCACGCUGCGCGCCGCCGCCGUCCUGCUUCGCCUCCACCCCGACUGGGACUGGUUCCUCACCCUCAACGCCGCCGACUACCCCCUCGUCACCCAGGACGACUUGAUUCAUGCCUUAUCAUAUGUUCCAAGGGAAUUUAACUUCAUUGAUCACACUAGUGACAUUGGACAGAAAGAAUCUGAAAAAGUGCAAUCAAUGAUAGUGGAUGCCGGAAUAUACUUGUCAGGGAGGACCAACUUCUUCCGAGCCACACAGAAACGACCAAUUCCUGAUGCUUUUAAGUUCUUUACAGGUUCUCCAUGGGUCAUUCUGAACCGACGGUUUAUAGAGUACUGUAUUCUUGGUUGGGAGAAUCUUCCUCGGAUUCUUCUCAUGUACUUCAACAAUGUAAUGCUACCUCAGGAAGGAUACUUCCACUCAGUCAUAUGCAACUCACAUGACUUCCGUAAUUCCACCGUGAACAAUGACUUGAGGUUCAAGGUGUGGGAGGAUUCACCUCAUACAGAGCCCCUUUUUCUUAACAUGGAACAUUAUGAUAAGAUGGUGCAUAGUGGACGGCCUUUUGCAAGGCGGUUUCAGCAGAAAGAGCCAUUGCUGAACAAGAUUGAUGGCAAGCUACUAAGGCGCUUGGGCCACGGACCUGUUCCUGGUGCCUGGUGCUCAGGCAGGAAGAGCUGGUUCACUGACCCAUGUUCCCAGUGGAACGACGUGAAUGUUGUGAGACCUGGUCCUCAAGCCUUGAAGUUGCAGAAAUAUAUCAAUCGGACAUUGGAAGAAGCAGAUUCUGGCAGAACAUCAUGCAGGCGGUAGCAGCAUCUAAUUCUGAUAGCCACACAUUCUAUAGCUGAAAGCUUUGGGAUUUUCCAUUUCCCCGUGGCGGUCUCUCUGCUGUAGUGCUCUUGCUGAAUAAGCAGUUGUUUCCUCCCUGAAGUGAAAUUAGCACUUGUUGCGCCAGAAUGCAGACACAUAUAUUUAUAACUACAGAGGGCUCUUUCUGGAUUCCGUUGUCGCCAGUAAACUACCUAUAAUCUUGCUCCCUUGCUCCCAGAGUCCGGAGCUUCACUUAGUCCUGGCAACAUCCAUUUGGACCAUUUCUGGAUACACCAUUACAUUGAGGACACAUGUUAGAGCAGAGGUUUAAUAGAAGCCUGUCGGUGGUGUAGUUCAUAUGUGCUGGUCUUCAUAUUUGGCAGAAUGGGAGAGGAGCAGAGGACCUGAUCUCACUGGCAAUGCGGCUGCCAUUACAUAUGCUUCUUUUCAGUACUAGAAUGAGAUUCUAGGUGUCCAAUUAUUUCUUCUACGUGGUUUUCCAUUGCCUACUCUGUUCUGCAAGACUGCAACAUCAGUCCACAUUGCAAAGUGUGAUUGCUUAAGUCCCAUUGUGAGUUCAUUCAUCGCUAAUUUCUUCUCAAGCGACACUUUUUUUUUUGCGAGAAAUGCAACACUUUAAUGCAAAAAAACUUUGCUGUUCAUGCUGUUUGACCAUGAUGUAAUUGUGUCGAGAUUUUA